AUGGCGAGAAAACACGAAGGACGUGCUGUGGGAAUAGACCUUGGAACAACCUACUCAUGUGUUGCAGUAUGGCAAGAACAACACAGUAGAGUAGAGAUUAUUCACAACGAUCAAGGGAACAAUACCACACCUUCUUUUGUUGCUUUCACUGAUAAUGAAAGGUUGAUUGGUAAUGCCGCCAAGAAUCAGGCUGCUACCAACCCACAAAACACCGUUUUUGACGCUAAGAGAUUAAUUGGUAGAAAGUUUAGUGAUCCUCUUGUUCAAAGCGAUUCAAUGUUGUGGCCAUUCAAAGUCAUUGCUGGUGAUAAUGACAAACCAAUGAUUUCCCUUAAGUAUAAGGGUCAGGAGAAGCACCUUUGUGCUGAAGAAAUCUCAUCUAUGAUUCUCUCAAAGAUGCGGGAUAUUGCAGAGGAGUAUCUGGGGUCACCAGUUAAGAAUGCAGUUAUCACCGUGCCUGCUUAUUUCAACAAUUCUCAACGAAAAGCCACUGUGGAUGCUGGUUCCAUUGCUGGCCUUAAUGUUUUGCGGAUAAUCAAUGAACCUACUGCUGCAGCUAUUGCAUAUGGUCUUGACAAGAAAAAUGACUUUGAUGGAGAACGAAAUAUUUUCGUUUUUGACCUAGGAGGUGGGACUUUUGAUGUGUCUCUCCUUACAAUUAAGGGUGAUGUCUUUAAAGUUAAGGCCACCGGGGGAAACACUCACCUUGGAGGAGAGGACUUUGAUAAUAGAAUGGUGAACCACUUUGCAGAUGAUUUCAAGAGAAAGCAUCGGAAGGAUAUUAGUGGCAACCCAAGAGCUUUGAGAAGGUUGAGAACAGCGUGUGAGAAGGCAAAGAGGGCGCUCUCUUUUUCUGUUGUCACUACAGUUGAGGUCGAUUCUUUAUAUGAGGGGAUUGACUUUUAUUCAUCAAUCACUCGUGCCAAAUUUGAGGAAAUCAAUAUGGACUUCUUUAAAGAGUGCGUGAGAAUUGUAGAAAACUGUCUCAAUGAUGCUAAGAUGAAUAAGAGUCUUGUCCAUGAUGUUGUCCUUGUUGGGGGCUCUUCUAGGAUUCCCAAAGUUCAACGACUAUUGGAGGACUUUUUCGAUGGGAAGGACUUAUGCAAGAGCAUCAACCCUGAUGAGGCUGUCGCAUAUGGAGCCGCUGUGCAAGCUGCUAUAUUGAGUGAAGGCUUUAAAAAUGUUCCAAACUUGAUGCUGCAAGAUGUUACACCAUUGUCACUAGGUUGGAUGCUAGAACACAAUGUCAUGGCUGUGGUGAUUCCGAGGAACACUCCCAUUCCUGUUAUGAAGACUGAGGAAUUUUAUACAGCUCUAGAUCACCAAUCCAGCGUCCUUAUUGAUGUUUAUGAGGGUGAAAGAACAAGAGCGAGUGACAACCAUUUUCUUGGGUCUUUUUGUCUUUGUGGCUUACCUCGUUAUGCUGCAGGCCUUCCUUUCAAUGUAUGCUUCAAUAUCGAUCAAAAUGGCAUCCUUACAGUUUCUGCCAAUGAAAUAUUGUCUGGUAGUAAGAAUGAGAUUGUGAUAACAAAAGAUAAUGGAAGGCUGUCGACCAAAGAAAUUGAAGAAAUGAUUCAAGAAGCUGAGAAUUACCGUGUUGAAGAUAAGAAAUUCUUAAGGAAGGCUGAGUUAAUGAAUGAAUUGGAUGACUGCGUUUACAGAAUGAAAAACGAUUUGAAUCUCUCCUCGGAGGAAUACCAGCAGAUUAAUUCUUUGGUCACAAUGGCCACACAUUUGCUUGAUGCGGAUGACUCGCAGACUGGAAUAGAUGUUCUAAAGAAGAUUCAGAGAAAUGGUGAAGAAUAG